AUCCAUCCCAUGCUCCUCCUACUCAUACCGUCCGUCUUGGAUGCGCAAGGCUUCACAUCUCUGCUACUUCGUCUUGACCAUACUGCUGUCCUCGAUCAUAGUCUAUGGCAGCACCACCAAUGGCAACUCCGGCAAUGCACAAGAGCAGUUCUAUUUGUCGUACAUCGAUGCUCUGUUCCUCUGUUCUAGCGCCAUGACCAACAGUGGUCUCAGCGUGGCUAAUCUGAGUGCUAUCACAGGUUUCCAACAGGCCGUGCCCUACGACACCUACUCAUUUAGUGGAACGUGGCACACUUUGAGUAAGUUGAUUCUCAUAUGCGUUAUGAUCUGUGGACGACACCGCGGUCUACCUUACGCUGUAGACAGGGCAGUGCUGUUGCCAGGUGAAGAAUUAAUGGAAAAGAUGGAUACAGAGGUUGAUGGACGAGGCAGAGACAAGAACGGUGUCCAUUGACAUGAGGAUGGACAGAUGGGUCACAGAGAGGACAACCGGUCACAGACUGGGAGCGAGGAGCAAUGCGCUGAUGUGCAUGAGGUCAAAGGCACUGAAGAAGGUUCUCCAUGAGGGUCCUGAGAAAUUCCAGCUAUGGUCGUGCAAACAUAUGAUGCUCACUAUCAGACCAAUUUGCAAGUGCAAGCACCUCCGGAGUUCAUGUAGAGCGGCAAUAUUUCGUGUUUUGCAUCGAAGCGACUCUCAUCAUGCUUGCUUUGGAAAGACUUGGACUACAUUGACAGCGACAAAGAACAAAAACCAACAU